AAAUACGUUCCAGAAGCCAAGCGGCAGAGACGUCGCCCCCAAUAGGUCGCGUGCUUGCUACGUGAGAAGCUGCGAAGGCAUGUUCUCUCUGGACUGCAUGCUACAUGUGGGUAAAGUGCUUAUGCUGCAGCUUUUCCUAUAGAGCUUUUUAACAAGUGCUCACGUCGGUUCACAACAGCCCAGAGGGCAUUAUAUGGCGACGGCCAGGGAGCUCUCGUUGGUGAAGUUCACAGGUGCCAAACCAUCCGCCCUUGGUCGCAGCGUGCGAGGCGGUGGCUCCAGCGCACGGGCCCCUGUGUGACCUGCCCGGCGUUCACCUGACCAUCCUGAAGCUGCUCUACGAGUGGACCUGCAUUUGCCCCGGUGACCUGCGCAUCCGCGAGUUUCGAGACUUCGUCAACCGUCUCGCCUGCAUGGGAGACGCCUACAAGGAGUGGGCCGACGAGUUGCGCAGGAACGCCGAUCUCAAGGAACUGGAGAAAGACGACGUCAAACCUGACGAUCUCGAGGCAAUUCACGAUGAGUACAGCAAGCUGCGAGACUUGGUGGUGAACGGCGACCUGCUGUGUUCCAAAGAGGAGGCAGCCGUGUUAGCGGGCGUACAGCUCCGCAUUGAAGAAACCUGGCCCAGCAACGCACGCACGCGCCAUGUCCUCGGCUCAGAGCAGCUCGGAAAACUCGUCCCCAUCACCGAAGAUGCCAAGGAAGGCCUGAUCCCCGAGCCGCCGGGCCCCGGCGAAAGCAGCAGGAUGUCGUCGGCGGAGGCUGACGACAGCCCCGCCGACUCCUCCGACGGGGCCUGCGAGCCGGCCACGCCCACCAGCCGCUCGUCGGGCAGCUUCUUGCGCGCGGUGCCCAAGCGACGGUCGCUCAUACUUCGCCAGUGGAUCGGGUCGAACGGAAACCGCUCGCCAACGGGGCUGCACAACGCGGUCAGCCUCAAGGAGUGCCUGCCGCCGUGCUACCACACCGCCAAGAACAUCGGCAAGACCAUCAAGGAACAGAAGCGCAAACUGUUUCACUCACCGCUGUACGAAAGCGAGAUCCACCUCAAGAAACUGUACAUCCAAACAUGCAAGCGGCUGCCCUCAUACGGCUGCCAUGUGUUCCAAGUGAAAGAGCUGCUCCGAGGCAAGACAAAGAAGCGGGCGCACCGCGUCCUGGGCAUCGGCAUCGAGCACGUGGUUCUGCUGGACAGCAAGACGCUGGUGCUGGCGAAGUCGCAGCACACGAGCGAGCUGCAGCAGUGGCGUGCCGGCGGAGGUCGCUCGCACGACCGACUGGUGCUCGAGUUUCGUGGCACCAAGUGGUCCUUCGUGGCGGCCCAGUCGCUGCGCUCCAUCAGCUCGGUGCUCUGGGAGAUCAUGCAGGACCUGGACGCACGCUUCCUGGAUGAGCAUCUCAUCACCACGCGUGAAGAGCUCGACAAAGAAAGCCACCGCAACAUGGUUUCGGUGCACGGUCUGGAGCGAGCCACCAUCUACAAGGAAGAGCUGGAAAGGCUGCAAGGCCUGCUGCAUUUUCCCGAAGAGGUGGCUGUGCGGCUUACCGAUGUCGAGUACGAGCUCUUCUACAGUGUCAGCCCCGUCCACUACAUUCGCCAAGUGACCGUCGACCUUAGCGGAAAGGCGGCCACCUUGAACGCGGGCGACAAAGACCGGACCGUGCAGACACUGAUCAAGCGCUUCAAUGAAGUGAGUUCAUGGGUGACGCACAUCAUCAUAUCGCAACCGACGCACGAAGACCGCAAAGCUGUACUGUCGUGCAUUCUGCGAAUCGCCAUGUGCUGUUGGAACAUUGGAAACUUCAACACGGCGAUGGAAGUCCUGGCUGGACUAAAGUCCGAGAAGCUGAAGCCCUUCUGGCUGUCGCUGUCCGACAAGGACCAGCUUCCGGUGCUGGAGUUCCUCAGCCAGGCUUUGCUGAAUCCGGAGCCUUCUGAAGAGUACCGGGCUGCCGUGGAGAGGGCGCUCAACAUCCCGCACUCCAAGGUCAUUCCCUUCUUCGGCACGUUCCUUCGAGACCUGCGCGCCAUUCUCCAAGGCAUGCCCAGCCUCGUCGUGUUGCCCUCGGAAAAAGCCAAGAAAAUCGAGUUUGUGUCCGAUUUCCACGGCGAAGAUCAUUUCAUGACACGCAUCGGGGUGGGGGGAAUCAUCAACGUUGAGAAGAUUCACCAGGCACAUCGUGUCCUCGACGACAUUAAAGCAUUCCAUCAUCACUACAAGUGUAGGGAACACGCCCUCGCUCAGGUCGCCAUCAACAGCAAGGAAGUCAGGCGCGAGGAGACCAGCUGCAAGGAAGACAACAGCCUGUACCUGCAAGACCCGGAGGCUUACAUUCCGAUCCAGGAGCUGGCCAACGACCACCACAUCAGCAUGGUUCCGCUCACUGUGGACCGGGUCGACUUCCACCAGCUACAGAUCCUGCACCACGGCUGCACCAUGGUUCACUGGGAGGAAGACGGCUCGCGUUCCUCGCUCUGCUACGUGCGCCUCGAGCGCAGCAACGCCACCAUCACCUGGUGCAAGCCGGCAUGGAGCGCGCUCCGGGGCUCCGGACCGCAGGACUACGCGCUUAGCGUCAACAUCGAGGACAACGUGCCGCUCGGAUUGAGCCAGAAGUACGACACGGGCGAGUCCUACCUUUCCAGUCUCGAAGAGGGCUUCCUCGACCUCAACGUCGUCAAGGAGAUAGUGUUGUGCCGCAGCUCCAUCGAGGUCGCCGCCGUGGCGAAGCGCCACGGCCUCGAAGACUCGUUCAGCGACCAGAACCUGCUGCGGUUCAAGUUCGGCGUUGGGCUGUCCGAGAACCGCGUGCUGGAGUUCAUCCUGCCGAACUUCCUGUCCGUGAUUUGGUACGACAGCCUGCGCCGGCUGGUGUCCAUGCUCAAACAGCAGCGUCAGCUCUGCGAUGGACGCAUCCACUGGCUCAAAGAGAGCUACCUCCAGCUGUACUUCCGCGAGCAGAGCUGCAUUGGCCCGACGCCUGCCGAGGCGAUCAAGGUGCGCUGUUCUUUCGUGCGCUCAGAAAGCGCCCAGUCUCGGGGUUCUUAUCAGCAGACGCGCAAAAUUUUGGAUAUAGUAUUCUUUAGUGCAUUCUUUAAUUUUUCUUGGUUUUUAUUAGUUGCGACAACAAGAGAACUGUCAUUUUGUGUUUGCGUUUCAUGUUUUCGUUUUGCUAGCAAGUAUGACUAUGACUAUGACACUGAUAAAUCUCAACUCUCUCUCUUUUUUUUUUCUUUUUUUUUUAGUAGAGACUAUCGGAUGUCUUAUUGGGCCUCGUCUUUGAUGCAGGUCUUCGGUGGAAGAAAAUGGACGCUGAAUUCCCUAGGAAGCAGUUCUUCAGUCGAGUCUACAUCCUCAGCAUUCAAGAGGGCUUCGAGUUUUGGAAUGAGUACGACUAAACUGAGGAAAAAGAAGUCUUCUACAUCGCUAGCAACUGUUCGGGACGUGGGCCCAAAGUGCCUGCCGGAGACGGACGACGCCGGCCCGUCGAGGAAGAGUCCGACGAUCAAAAAGCGCCGCGCCACGCUCAAGUCGUCGCCGCAGCUUCGGUCUCAGGAGUCGAGCCCGCAGAGAACUAGCGUGUCGCGCAGUUCCUCGUCCUGCGAGAACCUCAACCGCACCGAAGGUGGCAUCCCACUUGUCCACCCGACGCCUCUCGCUACGGGAUACAAGGAAAGGUCAUUCCAGGUAACGCCGAGCACUUCGAAAGCCUCAUCUCUCUUCAGCCGCCCCACCAUCACUCACUCCAGCCAGAUGAACUUCCUCGAGUUCGCUGAGCUCUUUCGCUCUUUUAUGGUGCGCUGUCGCAAGGACCUGAAGGACAUCUUUGAAAGCGUAGCCACCAACUCCAAAGUGACAGCCAGCGAACUUGCUGCUGACGAAAUGGCAUCACCAAGAUCCUGUAGGACAAGACCGAAAGUGCUUGGACUGUUGACGCGAACCAGCAAGUACGAGUACGUGGACCCUGAACAGAAAAAGAUUUGUGACGCCAUUGCCACCGCCAGCAUCGUGUCCAACUGCGCCGGGGUCGACAGCUCAAAAAGGCUCGUCUUGGAGUGUGCUGAUUUCAGGAAUUUUUUGGCGACUCACCAGAAAGAAGAAAUGACUGAGGAAGAGGUUAUCAGGCUUAUUCAGCGACAUGAGCCUGAUAACGUCCUCAGAGAAAAGAACCUGCUGUCUUUCGAAGGCUUUGCGCGAUACCUCUUGGACAAGGACAACUACGCUUUCGUGCCGGAGAUAAUUCCGCCCGGUGCGAAUACGAACAUGGACAAGCCUCUUUCUCACUACUACAUCGCUUCGUCUCACAAUACCUACUUGACCGGCCACCAGCUCAAAGGAGAGUCAUCCGUGGAGCUGUACAGCGAGGUACUACUAAGAGGUUGCCGAUGCGUAGAGCUCGACUGUUGGGACGGUGACGACGGAAUACCUGUCAUCUAUCAUGGCCACACACUUACUUCGAAAAUUCCAUUCAAGAGCGUGGUGGAAGCGAUUCACAAGAGCUCGUUCGCCACGUCACCUUUUCCUAUCAUUUUGUCCAUCGAGAACCACUGUUCCCUACCGCAGCAAGCAAAAAUGGCCCAGAUUUUUACGAACGUUUUCGGGGACAGGCUUCAAACACAGUUUCUCUUUUCCAACGACGUCUGCGAUGAGGCCCGCCUGCCGUCACCUAACCAGCUGCGUUACAAGGUGCUAAUAAAGAACAAGAAACUCAGGCCGCCACUGACGCCAGCGCUGACCCUGAAAUCCACCAAGGGUGUUCCACAAGCGAAGAUUGCGCCCGGCCGAACGAACAGCAUCAUCUCUACAGCAAGCACAGGGUCUCUCAAUGACGAGGAUGAAGAGGAUUAUGAGGAUUACGAUGAAGAGGACGAUAAUCUAGAAGAGUCCUUGUCGAGCCAGGAGGGUUCGUGCAAGGAAGCGCACGCCACGCGGCACCCGGGCACGCUGAGCCCCGGCGUGCCGCACCCUCGGUCGCGCAACCCGGCCGACGCCGAGUACAUGCAAAGCGACGACGACGGCUACAAGCAGCGAAAGUCCAGCUCCCAGAUAGCGCCCGAGCUCUCCGACCUGGUCACCUACUGCCAGGCCAUCAAGUUCAGAGGUUUCGUCAACUGCCCGUCACCGACCAACUCCGUGAAAGUGAAGAAAGUGAGCAGCAAGAAGAACGUGCUUGCUUCGGCCGGAUCGCCGCUGGGCGCCAACACGCCUCUGCAGACAUCAGAGCCCAAGCACGAUACCCCGACGCCAUCGACUGCCUCAGGGACUACAUCGGCUCCAUCGUCGACAAAACGCCACUGCUCCAAUUCAGUGUGCUUCCAGGUGUCUUCCAUGAAUGAAAGUGCUGCCAAACGCCUCAGCAAGCGCCAUCCGCUCGCCCUCAUCACGCAUUGCGAGAACCAACUGAUGCGUACAUAUCCUGCCGGAAUGAGAAUAGACUCGUCCAACUUCAACCCAGUGGCAUUCUGGGCCUUUGGACUGCAGAUGGUUGCGCUCAACUAUCAGACUGAAGACACCGGCCUGCACAUAAACACUGCCAUGUUCGAGCAGAACGGCAGUUGCGGCUACGUUCUCAAGCCCAGCGCCAUGUGGGACAAGAACAACAUCAUGCACGGCCAGUACAACCCGUGGGACAAGGAAUUCGACGGCAUCCAUCCCCUCAACUUUCAUAUCACUGUGAUCUCCGGCCAAUACGUGUGCCAGAACACGUACGCCUGCAGCCCCCAGGUCGACGUCGAAGUGGUGGGCGUGCCGCUCGACUGCAAUCGCCAGAAGACCAAGAUCGUACAGCGCAACUCGCUCAACCCCAUCUGGCAAGACAGCUUUUGCUUCCGGAUCGCUUUCGCAGAAUUGGCUUUUCUACGCUUCUCUGUAAUAGACGUGAUGACAAAUCACAUUCUCACUCAAAGAGUAAUUCCCAUCAAGAGCCUGAAGCAAGGUUACAGGCACGUGCGCUUGCGCAGCCCUCAGAACCAGCCGCUUCCUCUGUCGUCGCUCUUCGUGUACUCCGAGUUCGAGGAAGAAGGGCUCGAAGUGGUCCACCAGAAUGGAGACCUGCUCGAAGGCUCAAUCCUCAAGAAGGCCAAGGGAAAGACCAAGGAGCUAUCCACAUCCGAAAGCAUUCGCUGCGACGGCAGAGAAAACCUGGUCGCCGGAACUCAGGGUCUGAAGCGACGAAUGUUUUUCCUAGUGGUGCAUGGUGUAAUGCCCGAUGAACCAAAAACAAUACUGAAGGUAACGGAGGACACCACAUCGCGAGAAGUUAUUGCUCAAGCGCUCCACAAGGCCAACAAGCUGGGCGACCGUCUCGACGACUAUGUCCUCAUGGAGGAGACGCAGAAAAAUUGGGACCGAGUUACCCAGGAAAAAAGUACCACGCAGAGGAUCCUAGACCCGGACGAAUGCCCGCUGCUGUCGCAGACAACGGGGGCCAACAUGGAGAGCCGUUUUAUACUCAAGAAAUUGGCAGACGAUCCGAGCACACGGGCGUGGAUGACGACCAUCAAAUCUUCGAGCAACAAGGAGCGCCGCAAAGCGGACUCCGGCGAGGGCGGCCUCACAGAGUGGAGCGACGGCGAGGAUACCUACUUGGUCUGCGUCUACAAUGUGUCCGCAGACCAGCCGUACGCGAUUCUGAAGGCUCCGAUAAGCAGCACUGCUCAGGAUAUUAUUGCUCAGGCUCUGAUGAAGGCCCGGCGCGCGGAGGACCCAAGCAACUUUGUGCUCGUGGAGCAGAUGGAGUACCCGUCUCCACUGACCGAAACCGCGCCGACGGCCGGCUCUUCGGUCCGACGCCGGGGCCUCAGCCGCGGUCGACGCACCCUUUUCGACGACGAGAACGUCUACGAGGUGCAGGCCCAGUGGAAGGCCCGCGGAUGGUUCGAACUGAGGGAGCGAAACGAGGCAAGGGAACUGCGCCCAGAAGGCGCCGGCUUGAGUGAACGGCGAAAGAUGAACGCCCCUAAAAGCUCCAGCUUUUAUCGCCUCAGUCGUCUACGCAGCUCAAUUAAAUCCAAAGAGCGUGACAAGUCGUGCCCGUCGCCGAAGCAGUCGCCGGUGCGUUCGGCGGUGGCCGGAGGAGCGUCCUCUGCUCGCGAGCCGUGCACGAGCCGCGAGACCCACGAGCCCCGCCAGGUGCACAGCGAGGGCGAGACGCUGUCCGACGACGACGCGCCUCCGGCCGCCAUGGCGGCGCGCCUGCGAAAGAUCUCCUUCCGCAAACUCAAGGUGUGGCGCUGACCGGCGCGCGUGCAUUUCGAGCUGCGGGCUGGCAGCCGCCGUGCGCCAGCCCCUCCACCACGUGGGUGUUCAACGGCCUUCCUCGGGUGCGCGGCCGGACAAUCCAGCGCGACUGAAGCGCGCCGGCGCUUGGUGCUCCUCCGGCCAUCUGAAACAGCGCGCGCGCGCACACACACACACACUAGUCAUACGGGGGCCCCACCAACGCCCUGUUGUUGGCUCGACUGCCUCUGAUCGCACGCGCGCGUCACUUGUUGCUAGAGGGCCGCGUGCACACAUCCGCGAGCCUAUCUAUAUAAAUAUAUAUUAAUGUAUGUACAUAUACAUAUUCUAUAUUUACACGACGCAUUCUAUCGCGCAAACCGUUGUUGACUGGGCGGCCCCUCUUCUUGGUCCCUCUCUGGCAGGGAGCGUACGAGAAGGCGCGCCGCCCUCGUCAGACCAAAAGAGUAUUUUCUCUGCCAAGAGCCCCGGCUACGCGGUUCUCCUCUUCUUCUUCGUCCGUGUGCGUGUGACCGUAUUUAAUAAGCUGCCCAAGUUGUUCCCAUCCACAAACAUCAUCAGGUGUGCCGUUGCACCGAAUGUUAUCCGUGUCUUUGUAUCAUACACCGCUGCUGUUUUGUUUUCUCUUUUUGUUUUUUUUCUCCAAGAAGUCUAUAUAUUUUACGUGGCGAGCUUCUUGGGGACUUGGGUUGUCCAAGACUCAUCGCCACAGCAGUGACAGCACUCAGUACUUCAACCCAUCCGCCAUGGGUUUUUUUUUUUUCCUCCUUCUGUUUGCUUGUUCCGCACCACACACCGCAAGGCUUCGGUGCGCAGUGCUGUCUGGGCUCGGCGAAAUCCAAGUGAGAGGUGUGUACGUUGUAGUCUGUGCUUUUCCGGUGUGUCUCGGUGGGAAUAACGUCGGUGGGGAGGGCUUUCGGGACGGGAGGGGAAGGGCCCUCCGCGCUGCCUUCUCGUGGUGGCGGAGGGAGCGAAGAUCGGGCUUGGAAUCUCGCAUCUUCAGUUGCGCAACUUGCAGUACCUCGACCUGUCAAAGGCAUCCUGUAGCUCAGUGUUUCAAAGGCCUGACUGAAUGACAAGUCUUUCAGAGCGUGCUAUUCUCGUCACGUGUGUUGCCGUUGAUGUCUCCUUUCUCCGACCUUACAGUAAGCGACUCCUUAGGGCGCCGUAAGGUCUCUCCACCAACGUACUUUUCAACCCUACCUGAGCAGUGUAUGCCACUCGGCUCGCUCGUGUAUAAAGUCAGCCGCUGCCGCAGGCCCCACUUGGCUCCUUGCCGACACUCCGUGGUGCGCACGUGCCACUGGUCGUGUGACGUCUAUAAUAGAGAGAAAGAGAGGAAGAGCAAAUGGCAAUCGUUGAUUGGCUCCUUGCCUUAGUACGGCAAGGGCCCUGAGCUGGAACGAGAGCGGUGCCCACUGAGAAGUCUUUGUUUACUGACUGCUUUACUAAAGGGAUGCUUAAACGUUCACCGCUUCAAGGCAUUGGACGGGGCUGGCUUGAAUAGGCGGGAUAAUAGCGCGUGCCAUGGAGCAAAUAACACCAAUGACAAUUAACUGCGAAACAAUAAUAUCCUAGAGCGAUAAGAGGCGCGAUUAAGGCGCAAAAACAAGUUAUACUUACAUGCAAUGUACGCUGUGUAAUACUGAUAGGAAACUACUGCGUAUACCUGUCGGAAUAUUGUUGCAGCUUCACUAGAGGCUGUGCAUUUCUCGCGUCGUCUGUCGUGUCAAUGAUCGGGCAUUGAAAUACGAAUGCCACAGUUUGUUUUACUUUCUUUUUGUAAUAAUGGCUAUGGCGCUAUGGUGAAGAACGAAUAAGCUUUUAUGCAUAUUUAAGCAGCACGGCAAAGAAACGCGAGCGUAAUCCUGACAUCUUAUGCUGCUAUAACAUCCUAGAUCAGAUGGUAAGCAGUUAAGAUGUCCGAACGAAGUUGAUAGCAUAGAUACGGGACAUAAAUGCUGUUAACGUUCUUGCUACAUUUAGAAAAGUUUACAAAGUGUGAGUGGAUUCCAGAUUAGGCGAAGGCCACGAAACGCGUAAAAUUUGCACGUGCGUGAACCUGAGCAGAAAUAUUGAAAUAUGCGAACCUCACGAGAACAGUGUGAAUGAAUUGAACUAUCUCUGCGGCUACUAUGUCACUGCAUAUUAGAGUGAAACAACGUAAGAGGCAUAAACACACUGUCCACACCAAUACCCUCAGUCUGUGCUUGAAAGUGACACUGUAGGAGAGUUAGGAGUGCACACUCUUUCUCCCAGAAGUUCAAAGGUGGUACCAAAUUAAAGCGCAGGUUAAAAAUGGCGAGUUAAAGAGCGAUUGAGUUAUUCUACGUUAGGUUGUACUGCCCUUUCACGUGGGAUUUAACUAACCUUCCAUAAAUAAAUGUUAAAAGCCGAGAGCGUGGCUCAAAAAAUAUAUCAUUCUGGGUCUUUAACUUGCUUGUUUUCUGACGCGCCAUCUAAUGUGGGAAAUUUUUCGAUUUUUUAACAGACACCUGUAUAGUGACUCGUGCCUAAUCUCAGCGUGAAACAUACCUUAUCUAGAAAAUGCAGUAGGCUUGUUAAUGAGGCAGUUAUGUCGUACGCAAAGAACACACUCUGUAGGUGCCAGUUAUGUAGGGGACAUCAUCAAGGCGGCUGACGUAUGAGACGGCUAGUUGACUUUGUAAAAGGCAGGCAAACUAUUUAUCGCGGGUUGACUUUAGGCACGCUGUCAUGGUACGCCGGUGGCCGUCGUUGUUUUCGUUAGGCAGGCAAUCAAGCCUGGUUAAAAUCGCGGACAAGCAUUCUUGAGUAACAUCGUCAUGACAAGGACAUGGGGAUCGGCUGACACUCAGUGUAAAGAAGUACGUUUAUGAGCAACAAGUAUCUGACCAAAAAACGUUCAUCAAACACAGGUCAUUCGGAGUAAAUGCUAGGAUUUGGCAUUAUUCGCAUACUUGGAAAUAUUAUGCAGGAUAGAUUAGAAAUGUAUAGGAGUAGCAGUUUAUUAUUGUCGUGUCCUUGGGCGAAAUGCCAUGAUAGAACUAGAGCUUUGACUGUCUGCUCCUAAAGUCCUUGUUUUCGUAGUUUCUCGCGCCGUAACUUUUUAUACGGCACAGCCUGUCUGCUUUUGAGCGGGGAAAUGCCAGCAAACAGAAAAGGAGACGAAAAACCUGAGAGGGAGAGACAAAGUUUAAAGUAAGGUUAAUUGUACAAAGUUGCUCGCUGGCGUUCGCCUGCUCAAAACUAUGUUUAAGCUCGCCCGACAAGCUAUUCUCAUGGACUUGUCUGCUUAAGCGUCUCAUGACUGAGCCAUCAUAGUAAAUAAUUGUGGUGAGUCGCCCGCGAAGUCAUCUCAUGAACACUCUCUAGGCUUAAGUGAGUUCGCCGUGUGUGUGAUCCACACUGUACGCUACCGGAUAGUAAAGACCACUGUGAUGUCGACCAUUAUCGCAGUAUAAACAAACAUAUCUUAAGCGAUUAGCAAAGCACGGCGCUUUAACUUCCUAUACCAAAAUAGCACUUACGUUAACAUCGUUUAGCAGGUGUAGCAGCUCUUCUUUUUUUUAAUCAAUAGCCUAUCUUACAACCCACGAACCGCAAUCUUGCAAUUACUGAGCUUAUACUGAAAGCUGUUUGGCUUCAGCGAGACUCCCAACAUGUUUUCGCGUCUUGAUUUCUGAUACUAAUUACUACGAAAACAUUUGUAUGGAUAUCGGUUGUACAGACAAUUAAAAGCUGACAUGCUUCAUAUGAAUAGGAAAUGUAGCGCUUGAAAAGCCGCUUAGGGCUGCUCAUGUCUGUCUUUGUAUAAUGUAUCCGUUUAGUGAUUUACUAUCAUCUACGUCUGCGCAUUGACUAAGGGCAUAUUAAACGUCAGAUAAAAGCGUAUCAAUGAAGGACGAAGCAUUCAAGCCAAGCAAAUGGUGAGACUGACCACCUUCGUUUCUCACAUUGGUCAAAUGUAGCGAAUAAACGUGCAUAUAUCUAAGCAACAAGCCACGACACAAAGAGGUAAAAAGAAGUAGAAAGCCGCGUUAGAUGUAAAAUCAUGGCCCUAAGUGUUUCAUGGCACUUUACUGUGGAGCUGAGAUUCCCUUCACGAAGGCAGUGGCACGGCAGGAGUUCCUUUAGUUCGCAUUAUGAAAGUAUGGCCAAGAUGUCAUCAAAUCUACGAGCGUUGUAGUUUUCGUCAACUAAUCGUAAUAUUCUGGAUUGACCUCCACUAAACUUAGCACAUACGUAUAGCGCUGAAGACGACGUACCGUCUCUUUUAUUCUGAAUUUUGUACGUAGGCUCCGUCAUAAGUUGCACGUAUCUCACCUAGAUGCAGAGGGAUAUGAAUAAUUUGGGUAGUUGAGAAAACAUGAAAUCACUUUCGUAAUCAGAAUUAUUUCUUUAGUUAUGCAGACGCAAUACGUCUCUCGACUGAUAUAGUAUCAACCGAGCACUGUUAUGUACAAAGGAUUAGCUGUGUCUUAGUAGCCGAUGCAUUCUGCCGCGUUUAAAAAUCGUCUUUAUUUCGUGCUUUUAUUUUCUAAAACUGGCUAGUUUCCUUUCGCGCAGCGGAAGCCUUCCCGCAAGAAAGAUCCAAAAACUGCACAGUGCAUUAGCUCCUGCCCGAGUAUGUUGCCCUUAGGUUUUCACCUUAGCACUGUACAUCGGAAUGCUACGGUCAUUCUUCUACAAACGAUGCUCACAAGAACGAUAGCAUCCAAGUGCGUUGUGUUCAUUUGUGUAGUAUUGUUUGCGACAAAGCCAACGUAAUAGCCCUCUGCGUCUGACACACAAACUCCGUUUUUAUUUUAUUUUUCCCUCAUCGCUUCGCGAUUGAAAUGCACGCAAGCGCUACGCAGAAGAGUCGGGACGAGGCGGCCAAAGCAGCUCAAACAGGCUCGUCUUCGAAGCAAUUUAUAAGAUCAGGCCAGGCUAGCGAGAGUUCCUCCACGAAAAAAGCGCCACUCAAGACGACGCACGCAAGAGUCGACACACGUACGAGUGCCUUCAUCAGCGCGUUCUUAGGGGUCUAUUUUGCCGACCAGGUCAAGUGAGCGGGACGCUAAGGCUCGGUCAGGCAAGAAGCGUUUCCGCUGACGAGCUGCUACCGUGGGUGUGGAACCAAACGCUCCCUCGGAGGUGAGACCGUGUGCACUUCCCUACGUCGACUGAGCUUUCUACAAAGUGAUUGUCAGAGCUGAUCACCACAAGCACUGUAUCACUGCGGUCCGAUUGGAGCUUCGUUUGGCGUGCACUGCAGCGAGUUAUUAAUGGUGGCGAGAUGAGGCGACAAGCUAGGUUCUGACUUGUUGUUGUUGUUGUUGUUGUCUUCAUUGUUGAUGAUGUUAUUUGUCGCUGUUUCGAAACCCCAACUGCAGUAGCACGUCGCAACUGAAAAGCACUCUUUUUUUUUUUUUAAUGGCACCAUCUCACGCAAAGCCUCCGCGCACGCUGAAAGGCCGCACAGUACAGGGCAUAGCUGGUAUAGCGGUUUCGUAGGAAUGCGCAAGGUAUACACAAGUUGUUCAUCUAUAGAUGAACUCUCGUUAAUCUAAAACUUGUUCAUUUGAUGAACAGCAGCCUUCCACCGCAGUUACACUUUACCGCACUCCCACACAAAAUGUGAUGACGUUGCGCCUUAAUGGACGCAGAACCUUAAUUGAUGACACGCUUUUGUCCUUUUCGCAUUUGUUUCAUGUGAGGAAAACUACAAUCCUUCUAGGUGCGCUGAUAAGCUAUAUUAUCUGAUCUCCAAAACGCACCAUCUGAUAUUUUGUUGCGUAGUACUGAAAUUCACUUCAAUACGUUCUCUCCAUAUUUAGUCGCGUUGUAAUAACGCUAUCGUCUUUUCCUGCUAUCUUUGAAUAGGUCGUAAAUAAAUAAUAUUGCUCCGCUUGUCUAUUUUACUCUUCUUAGUUUGGAACUGAAAAUAAUAAAGAAAAAGCUGCUAGUGCUAGUGUGGAGCAGUACAACAAUCAGGCUGUGGAUGUGGCCCCCCCAGUAAUGUCACUGAUCACCUUUUCCACAGAUACUUGAUUUCGUUAUCGCAAGUAUUAUAUGAGCGUGCAGCUGGCGUAACUCGGCUCUUUGCACGCCAACCCGUGGUCGGCAUCUCGCAGUCGAUAUCGCGCUGUGCAGAGCAACACCUCGCGAUGGCAGCAACGGCAGUGUGAGACAGCUGUGAGGCAGGAAAGGCAGUUCGCUGCAGGCAUUGCGCCGCUACUAAUUAACGGGCCUUCAGGAGCGGUAUUCGGACAGCGAUGCAUAUUCGUCACCAUUGGUCUGUGAUAAGUCGCGUGCGUGGCUCGUUUCCAUGAGCGAAGUUUAGUGCGCUCCAGCCGCCACCUUGCUUUCUUCGAAGCACACGUGCGCAUCAAAAAUACGAUAAGUCUCCUACGGUUCGGCGCCAUAAGCCAGCAUUCGUGCUGGCUUGUGGCCUUGUUCACUCCAUGCUGGACCUCUCUCCCACGCGGCAGCCAUCUAAUCUGUUUGUUUAUUUUACUGUUCGGACUCGCCGUAUUUCUGGCCCUUGCCCUUAGCAACACUCCACAUAUGCACAGCAGAAACAUAUUUCGUUGCCGAUUUUGUUCUUAACCGCCGAGCGCGCAAUACGCCUCCAACGUUCGCAUCAUCGACCAAUCGCAAUGCUGAAAACAUUCCUGUUCGCUUCUUGUGGAUUUCACAUUUAACGCCCCUCAACGUGGUUCUCGCUUUUUAUUAUUAUUAUUAUUGUUGUUGUUAUUUUUGCUUUGAACCAUUCCUUUUGCACCGCAGUGUUAUCCUGCACUUUUAACAGUGGUAUUUUUCUUCCUGUUUUAUGCAUUACUUCUCGCUGAAUCUGUGAUUCUUCGCAGGGACGAGCAUUCCUUUCUUCGCUAUUUUAUGACGCUUCGCUCGCGGUGGCUUAGAUCGCGCUUGUGCUCGUACGUCCGGGCCUCACCAUGACCAUCUUUCAGCGCCGCUUGGUUUCACUGUCCCUCGACUUGGCGUUCUUUUCGACUUGCAACCGCGACACCUAGUCGAUGGUUGCAGGGUGCGCGGCACGACCCUGUCUCAGCUAGAGUUCUGGUGCUACUGCCGGUGUAGUGAGACAACUUUAAAAAUAAGGCUGUUCACGUAAACGCAAUUCUUCGUACCCUCUAUAAGAUCCUCCAAAUGAUUAGACGCAAAUGUAACGGAAUGCGAGGCUGAUGGUACUGCUUCAAUCAUGUAGCAGACUAAGCAGUCUGUAUGGAUACGAAUAAUCGCCGCACAAGCAAGCCAGGCCAAGAAAGCUUUGUAAUUCCUUUCGCGCACCACCUUGACGCAUAUGUGAAUUAAACGCAUUAAAUGCUUAAAGACAGUAAACGAAAAGUGACAGUGCACAAGGGGAUGAUUAUUAAACAUUGCCAGUGCUGCUCGAUUGUUAGGAUUUUGAAACUUUCCAGCUUUUCCCUGCUGGCUCGGGCCUCAGUCGAGACCCUUCGGUCUGCACCUACUACAAGCGCGACACACUUUGGUUUUGAUUUGCAGCAUAUGUAACGGUGCUCGGAAAGGUAUUUAUGCCCCAGUUUUGUGCUGCAGAUUCGUAUAUUCAACGUAAAAUGUUCAACUCUGCAUAAUAUGGCGCCACUUCUUGCCUCGCUUGCCCGAAUCGUUACCUAUAUAGCCAGCGAAUCCACAAUGAAUGGCCGUUGCGAAGGCUCCAACGUUGCGCACGUAGCAGUACGUACUGCGUUGGCGGUUUUCCCGCUAGCAUUUCACGUUCGACGAUGUUAUGACGCGGCGAGAGACCUGUUUGUGUACUUGGACGGUCGCAAUCACCCGGUGGCAGCGUUCGGUGCUCUUUCCCGGAACUGAAGGGCACCCCGGCUAAGCGGACGUCAGGUGCGAGUCUGGGUAAGCUACGGGGCACGUGUGGCACGCGGUAGCGGCGGCGUCUUCUGAGCCGGCAGAAAUAUCGGCCCAACCCCGUUUCAACCUGCCCCGUUCCCUUGUUCCGUGCGCCGGCUCGCCUUCUUCGUGCGUGGUCGGCGCCAAGCUCUCUGCUGUGGUUAGUGGUGUCAUUGUUUGUAGCCGGUCGGCCCCACGGGCCCAUUCGGCGCGGUGCCAGACCCUGAGCUGCAUCGUGCGGAGGUGUGGGUGGCGACAGCCGGUUUGUCCUGGACGGCGGCCCGACGACGUGUUUCUCAGUACUACACUCUCGUGUGUCACUCCCGCUCUGCGAGCUGCACACAUACAGACAGGCACACACACACACGCAUGCUGACACAGACACACACAUACCAGGUGUUUUACGUAACGUGACUCAAGCUUUUCGUUUUAUAAAAAAGAAAUGGGGGUGGGGGGAUGUUACAUCUUAGGCGAUUGAGAUCAAGGGCGUGUUGUUCGUAAUUGUCUUGGGUUACUCAGAACAUUUUGUUGAAGUGCGUUUAGUUGUUAGCCGACUUCAAUUGGGGGGGGGGGGGGGGGGUGCAAAUAUUUAAACAUUCGUUUUAUAAGUUUCAUUUGACAAGUUGUAGAUCUACGACUUCUUUAUGAAAGCUUGGUUCAGGUCACGUGAAGCACCCACUGUAGUUACAGAGACAGGCGCGCACGCACUAGCUCACAGACAUUGUGUUGUGUCCUCCUCCUCGUAACCCUCGUUCUCUGCCCUUGUCCCGCGCAAAGUAGCAGGCUAGAAGAGUCUGCCUCAGGCCGUCCUCUCCGCCUUUCUUAAAGGGACACCAAACAGGAACAUGAAGUUAAGUUUUGUAUUCGUAAAUUCUAGAGAAACCGAAUGACACAACUUAGUAAGUCUUAGAAAACUUUUCCUGCGCCGGAGCGACAGAAAUACGAGUAUAUACUUUGAAAUCCGCGUCGUACACCGGCGUACCGGCGCUCAAAGUUUCGGCGCAAAAUUUAAGAAGUCAAGUUCGGCCUUUAUAUUUUCUGGUAAUUAUCAACCUUUUCCGCUAAAUGAAUGAAAAUAGGCUUUUCAAAUAAUAUUUUCGUACUGAGCUGGUUUGGUGUUUGUCUUCAGUGUCCCUUUAAAUCAAUUUCCUGUCUACCUAUCAUGCACGCUGACCCAUAGACGCACAUUCAUUAGGUCCAUUCGGUUUAGCUACACUCUCUACACUGUUUCAGGGAGUGCAGCUCCAUUCUCGUUUGAGAGUGCAGCGCGCGCCUCCUGCACUGCGCCCUUCGAUUUGACUUCGUGCCAGGAGCAGUUCAGUACGAAUUCAUGGUUUCCCGGCUUCCGCUACUUUGAAAGCGCCGGCGUCCUGCAAGCUGUCGGUAGAAGAAGACACGGCGCCGCGCUAGUGGUGCGCAGGCGUAAAUUUCUCCUGAUGUGGUUACGACAUUCACUCUAGCGCGAACGAGGAUGCGAAUUCGGUGUCUGGAUGGUUGCCAGAAAACGUUGGUAAAGGCUUGUAAAGGGAUGACUUUGCUUUAUUUCGAAUCGGUUUCUCAUAAUAUUCGUCGUCGCGCGAAAACGUAGCAUCCACAGAUCACCGCUCAGUUGCCAUUGUGUAUAGUACGUAACUACCACGACAGAGAUUAUUGCUAUAAUGAAAAGUGUCUCUGCGCGCGAAUUCCUUAGAAAAGGAAGGACUUGGUACCACCCGCAGCAGACGACAGAGCUCGUCCGUCGCCGCGCUUUUAUCCUCGGUUUGCAAAGCGCACGGGCUGUACUCGCGAAACACGAACUCGUGCAGCAUCGCGCGCCGCACUCUCGCGAACUGGUCCAGAAACGUGAAAGCGUCGGUUACUUAUUCACAUUCAGGCGGGAACAGCUCCAAGUACGGGGGUGUAGGCACAUAGAAAGCACGCAGCGUGUCCUUUUCUACCUGCCUUCACCUUAGCCCGUGUCCUUAGCGCUGUUCUCGCCUGAACGUGGCUCAGAAAGUGCAGUGAAAUAUAACAGCCCUUGCUGGCGCAUAGACGCGCGCGCAUCCUGCCCCUCGCUCAUUCCUCACCGUCAGCUCUCGUGGCUCUCUCCCAUCCACGCUCCCCAGCGCAGAGUAAUGGGGCGUGCCUUCCUCGUGCCGCCCUCUCUGCCAGUCGGGAAUGAAUUUCCUAUCUGUCUAUCAAAACACACACAUAGCGACAAGCUGUGACGAAUGUAUUUCGGUGUCUCUCUCUUGCACUGCGUUCAAGCUGUCGUGUGGUCGUUCGUUUGCGUUGCCUAUUCUCUUGCACGGAAUUGUAAAUUCUGUAUUGUACAUAUAUAUCUAUGCCACCGGUAUGACGAAAUAAAGUGUAUAUAUAACGUCACUGGUCUUUCGUGGUCGUUACUCGCGAGGGGGAAAAUGCCCAAGAUUAACAAGAUGGUUAACAAGAGGUUAGGUUACGCAUUACAACAAGGCCCGUAAUAUAUGAUUGACCACCUUUCCCUGAAGCAAGGGAAAAUACAGGGACUGUAAAUACAAGGCAGGCAAGAGAAGCAGCGGGUUCACCAAGAAAGUAAACCACGCCAAUGCACGAAGCAAAAGCUGGCACCGUGUGCCUCUGGAAAACGAAAGCGCACGAUCAGCUUCCUCCCAAACGUUAAGAAAAAAAAAUAAAAGAAUAA